UUGACUCUUCGUUCUGCAACUCAAAUUUACAAUGGGCUCCAUUGACAUCUCUGCAGCCAAGUCGGACUGCAGCCUAUUCUCCAAGCGUGGUCAUCGCGCCGUGGAGCUCGGUGCCACUCGAAUAACAUGGGACAUCAUCAGUGAUAUGUGGCAUCCUCGAAAAAACCCAUCUGGGUACCUCUCCGUGGGCAUGGCAGAGAACACGCUACUGCAUGACAUGCUGCUCGAUUACAUCCAUGCCAACAUACAGCUUUCCGCAGAACAUCUCACCUACAACAACGGGAGUAUGGGAUCCAUCGCCCUUCGGAAGGCCGUUUCGCACUUUGUGAACAGACAUUUUAAUCCAUUUAGACCUGUUGAGCCAGGCCACAUCCUCAUGACCAAUGGCUGUUCCUCUGCCAUUGAGCACCUAAGUUGGACAUUCCUCAAUCCAGGAGACGCAAUUCUCCUCAGCAAGCCAUACUACAGUACCUUUAUUGCCGACAUCACCCUGCGGCCCGGAUCGGUGGUAGUUCCUGUGGAAAUGGGUGGCACGGACCCAUUGAGUCUGGAAGCCAUCGAAAAGUACGAGAGCGCAGCGAGGGAGUUUGAGGCACACACGGGAAAGCGAGUUCGUGCCGUCAUGCUCUGUAAUCCGCACAACCCUUUGGGUCGGUGUUAUCCUCGUGCCACAGUUGAUAAGUUGAUGAGGCUCUGCCAAUUGCGCAAAAUGCAUUUGAUUAGCGAUGAGAUCUAUGCUCUGUCAAUCUGGAGCAAUCGCGUUGACAAAGGUAUUUCUUUUGCUCCCUUUGAAUCUCUCCUUUCGAGAGACACCAGAGGGCUGAUAGACCCUGCAUUUGUGCACGUCCUCUGGGGUAUGAGCAAGGAUUUCGGUGCCAAUGGGCUGCGAGUUGGUGCUAUCAUUUCCCAGUCAAAACCCAAGCUGCACAUUGCUCAGAAGUGUCUGUCACUGUACAGUUUUGUCUCAGCCUUGUCGGACCAGAUCACAACCUCUAUCCUUCAAAAUGAUGACUUCACAGACACAUACAUUCAGAAAAACAGAGAAAUGCUCUCCAAGUCCCAUGAGUUCCUUGUUCGUCUCCUGCAGAGGCACGGAAUUGAUUAUCUUCCCGGGUGUCAUGCCGGCUUCUUCGUCUGGGUUAAUCUUGGGAAGAAAUACAGAGAGACACAUCCUAGGGAGGUCCUAAUAUGUUACAUGCCUGAUGGUCAAAUUUUCAAGACAUCGUAA